AUGCCUACUAGAGAGACGGCACCCACUGGUCAUGCCUUAUGCAAAGGCGGCACUCUCGAUCACGCCAUCUCCACAGGCAGCACCGGUUGCGGUUGUCAGGCGAUGGGACGGGUCAUAUCUGAUGCUUGUAUCGCAAUGGGUUCAUUGAUUAAGAACGAUGAUCACAUAUCAAACACAAUUAAUAAUAUGUGUCAGGGCUCGUACCGCGCAUUGAGGAGUCAGGUGAAUGGUUUAGGAUAUUCCCCGGAUGAACGACUGAUGCUAUACUUGGAGUUAGCUGGAUUCAGGUCAGCAGCAUUGAUCUGGAAGUUUGAUUUGCGGUACAAUUUAAUAUCCACAUUGGUCGAGCGUUGGCGCCCAGAGACCCACACUUUUCAUUUGCCGUGUGGGGAGUGCACUGUCACUCUAGAGGAUGUUGUAUUGCAACUUGGGGCUCCCAAUCGACAGGAUGCCGUAAUGGGCGUAAGUAUGAUAGUUGAGCCAACUGCCCUUUGUUAUAGCCUACUAGGAGCCUCAUCCAACGAUGCUGAGUCCAAAUUUACGGGUUUGAAAUUUUCAUGGCUGAAAGCCAAUUUUGAACAUUUAUCAAUUAAUGCCACCGAGCAGGAGGAUGUUCGCUCAUAUAGUUGGGGUUCCGCAGUUCUGGCUAUGUUGUAUUAUGAGCUUUGUCGGACGACAAAGUUUGAUGCUGUAGACAUAGGCGGAUGCCUUAUAUUGCUGCAGUUAUGGACUCUUUAUCGGAUGUCAUUUUUGGCAUCGGGAUCUAGUACUCCGACAGUUUGGUUGCAUCCAGUAUAUCCCCGUUCUACCAAUGCAAUUGGGGAGGAUUCACAGGAUUAA